AUGGCAAACACAGCAAAGAUGGUUGAUGAUUUGUACAUUUUGGAUAAAGUUUGGACGUCACACUUGACAGAGCAAAUUAAUAGAUCAGAUUUCUUCAAGAUCAUUCUCGUUAUAGCACCAUCAUCAUCACCAGGCCAAGCAGAGAUAGGUAUCAGAGGAGUUGAUAUAAUUUGCCUCUGCUUGGCCUCGAUCAAUCUUGACUUGAGCAAUGACUUUAUGGUACAAAGGGUUAUGUCUGGUAUCGCUCACCAACGCCCUUCCAAACCCAAAUACAACAAUAUGUGGUGCCCAUUACAAGUAUUUGACCACAUCCGUGAUCAACAUGCUGACUCAACCCAAUUGAUAAUAAUGACCACUAGAUCAAAGAGUAUGUUUAUUAGAAAGUACAAAGUUACAAAUUGUUGUCAAACAUAUUCAAAAAACAUCGAUACUAAUCAUCAUCUGAUCAUCUUUUCCAAAGAAAAUGCUAUAGCAGAUACCUUAUCAUCUACUACUGGUACAGUCGUUAUGAGAAGAUCUAGGAGUGAACCAAAUUUAGGUCAGUCGUUUAACAUCAAUGUUGUUGCUGCUGCUGCUGCUGCUGCUAAACCACCUAAACCUCCAACAAAAAAAGAAUUACUACAUAAAAAAAAACAAGUAGAGGAAGAAGAUAUUGAUGAUAUUGUUGUUGUUAUUCCUGCUAUUUCAACUGACAUCAAGCCAAAACCACCACCAAAGGUAUCAUCAUCUUCAUCUACUACUAAUGUUGGAGAUACGAUCCUUGAAACGAAACCAAUAAAACCAUCAUCAUCAACAUCACCAUCACCAUCAUCUGAUAUCAACAAGUCAAAUGAUACCAAACCUAAAGCACCACCAACAAAGAAACAAUCUGGACAACUAACAACAACAGUAUCAACUUCUACUAUCAGUAGUAGUACUACUAGUUCAACUUCAACUGUUAAACAUGUUGUAUCAACAACAUCACCAAAAAAGAAAAAGAAUAAUAACAACACUAAAAAGGUUAAAUUAGAGGUGACUAGUGAUAAUGGUAGCGACUGUAGUGAUGAUGACGAGGUAUUCACAGAUACUGAAGAAGAAGAAGAAGUUGAACCUGUUCAAGUACAACUUGCCACCAAACCAAAGGCACCACCAAAGAAAAAGUUGUCAUUAGACUCUGCAAUAUCUCAAAUCAAACAAGAGGUGGAUCAACAAUUACAACAGGUUACAAGUAGUAGUAGUGCAGGUAACACUACAAAUAGAUCAAAAUUAACUAGAUCUGCUUCAACUAUUGGCACUUCAACCAAUGGUACUGUAAAAAAAGAAAAAGAAGAAGCUGUAACAUCAUCAGUGGAAACCAAGCCAAAGAAACCAGCACCAAAAAGAAAGAGUAAAGAAUCAAACUUGGAUGGUAAUAAUAGUGAUGCUUUGGAUGAAAAGGAAACAACAAAAAAGACAACAUUAAAGAAAUCAAAAUCAACAAAAUUGACUAGUAGUAGUAUGGUGGUUGGAGAACAAGAUACUUCUUCAAAGGAAUCAGGGUCUAGGAAAAAAUCAGGAUCUAUUGGUAAAAAAGAUAGUGUUUAUUUAAAUGGUGCAACUGUAUCGACUCAGUCAUCAUCAUCUUCUUCUUCAACUGUGUCGUCACAGUCUGGUAUAGUCAAAGAAUCAUCAAAGAUAUUGGAAGAGUGUAACAAGAUUAUUAAAUCAUUGCAUCCUUCUUACAAUGGCCCUACAACGGUGAUGAACACAUUGGUGCAACUCGCAACACUACUUAGUAAAGAGUCUGGACAAAUGUCAUUGAUUCUUAGAUCACAUAAUCUCAUGCUACCAUUAAAUGAUAAUUUACAAAGGUUGGCAAAUAUUUGUUUGUCAACUUCUGAGAAUAAUAAUAAUAAUAACAAUAAUAAUCAUAUACCAUCCACACCACCAACAUCUGCAAGUAGUAGUAAUACACCAACUUCUUCAUUGUCACCAGCUGCCAGUAUACUUUUAAACUCUUUUUCUCCAUCAACUUCUUCAUUUGGUGGUCUAAAACGCUCAGUUGGUACACUUGAAGGAGAAGAUCUUUUGAAACAGUUUUUAGCUGCUACCACCUCAUCCACUUCAAACAAUUUAUUUGCAGACGACUCUAUACUAAAUGAUAGUAUUAUGAUGGAUAGAUUCGAUAAUCUAACAACAACCACAACAACUACCACCACCACAUCUACAACAUCCACUUCUUCUCCGAGCAAUACUUUACCAAUCGACAAUGAUUUUGAAGAUAAACCAACAACAACAAAGAAGCGAUCAUCAUCUUCAUCAUCAUCAUCAACGACAACUCAAUCACCUUUAAAAUUGAAAAAAUCAACAAGUAGUCUAAACCAUCAUGGAUUAGAAUCUAUAGGAAAUGAAUGUACAUUUACAAUUCCAGAGAAAAAGGGAAUUAUUUUAUCAAUUUGUUUUAUUUAUUAUUUAUUAUCAAAUCAAAAUUCCAAUAUUGAUCAAUUUAAUAGAGAAGUAAUAGAAUUUAUUGUUAACCAGGCAACAACCAUUCCAGACAAUUAUCAAACGGAAUAUUUUUCUUCUCCAUCAAAAUUACCCAAAUCACCAAAAACAUCUACCUCUCGUAAACCAACAAUGAUUACAUUAUCAAUUAAUAAUUUAUUUCAACAAAUUGUACCAGAUACAGGUAGAAUAUCAUCAACAGCUUCAUCGUUGUCAUUGAAUGUGUUAUGUAAUCUCGUAAUACAAUCAUCACAAAUGAACAAUACCACUAUUAAAUCAAAGUAUCGAGAAUAUAAAGUGAUUGAUAAUCUAAUUAAUCUACUUUCAAAAUAUACUCUUUAUCUAAAUCCUUUAAUUGAAAGUACAACAAUAUCACCAAAAUUAAUAGGAAAUAUUGAAAAGGUUACUAAAAUAUUGGAUGAAUGUGUCAUUCAAGAUAAAUUAAAUAGAGAUAUUAUUGUUAAUGAUAGAAAUCUCACAAUUCUAAUCACUUUAUUAUCUUUUAUUCAAAAUAUAAUUUUUAAAAAUAAGGAAAGAUUAUCAGGAAUUGAUAUUAAACUUGGUGGAACUGAAUCGAUUAUAUCAAUAUUAAAUAUAUUAUUGAAUGUUACUCAUUCAAAUAGAGAAGCGUCAUCUAUUAUUGGUUCAAUUCAAACUCCCUAUCAAUAUCAAUCAAAUGUAUUCAAACCAAUAGCAACAACAGUAUUAAAUAAUAAUAACAGUCUAGUUGAUCCAACUGAUCAAUUAGAACAACAUUUAAAACAAACUAAAAUGACACCAAGAAAAGUAAAGUAUUUGGAGAGUGUCGAGAAAUGUUCACAGUUUGGUAUACAGACGUUGAUUAAUCUGUUGCAUAUUGAAGUACCAGAGAAAUAUGAUAUUGGACAAUUAUCGAUAUCAUUGUUGGUUAAUCUUGUGGAAAGCGACCCCGAGAAUAGAACACGAUUCAGAUCAACACGUGGAGCAAUCGAUGCUAUCCUCAGACAAUACCUAUAUCGUACGUCUGAUCGUAUUCUGACACGUUUCACAUCGAAAACACAGGAAAAGGUUGCAUCAUCCUACCUGGUCAUUCUUAUUGGUUUCUUGAUCAAAGAGAAUUUAGAGAAUCGUCAAAUCGUAGUAAACCAACUCAACGGCAAACAAACAGUCUUUACAGACAUGGUCAAACUACUAAAAGAUUUUAUUGGCUUCCAAGGUCCUCAACGUAUCCUCUCUAAAGAUAUUUAUAGAAUAUGCGAUAAUUUAAUUUGUAGUGUAUUUUUAUUACCAAUACCAAAUAACAAAGAAAAGGAAAAGGAAAAGGAAAAGGAAGAAGAAUACAAACAACUGAUUAAAAAGGAAAAACAAGAUUAUAUUCAAUUCAAAUCAGAGUUUGAAUCAAAAUAUCAUUAUAGAUCUGGUGAUACUAAAGAUGAUGAAAGUGAUAAUGAACAAGAUGAAAGUGAUGAUGAUGACGAAAAAUAA